AACACUAUUUCAUAUCAUAUCUUGGAAAACCCACAGGCACGCUGAGCAUGGAACACAGAACCCUAGAACUCAACCUGGCUUCAGCAAAGGAUCUCAAAGACUUGAAUAUAUUCUCAAAGAUGGAUGUAUAUGCUGUGCUUUCACUCUCCGGCGAUCAAAAGACCAAGACUCCCGUCCACAGAAACGGCGGCACCAACCCAACAUGGAAUUUUCCGGUCAAGUUCACUUUUGAUGAAUCGGUGGCGCGGCAGAACCGUUUGGCCCUCGAAAUCAAGAUCCGCUCCGAGCGCGCCCUCGCCACCGAUAAGGACAUCGGCCAGGUCCACGUUCCUCUCAUGGAACUCCUCAAGCAACCUGGCGACGGUAAAUCCUUCCAGCACGUUAGUUACCAGGUCAGAAAACCCUCCGGCAAACCCAAGGGAGCCCUCAAUUUCUCCUACAAAUUUGGCGAUGAAUUCACAGCCCCAGCCAAGGUAUCAGCACCCGCACCUACCUCGCCUUCUCACAAGGUGGACCCCGUCACGGCUUAUCCUGCUCCCGCGGUGGGCUCCACUUCUUCUGCCGCGUAUCCCGCCAUGUAUCCUCCGCCGCCGCCGCCACAAUAUGCCUAUCCUCCGCCGCCUCAACCCGCUCACGGAUACGGAUACGCUCCACAACAUGGAUACGGUUACGCGCCACAAGCGGCUUAUGGGUACGCGCCACAACCCGGGUACGGUUACGCUCCUCCUCCUCCUGCUGCUGCAGCAGUUCAAAGACCGGGGAAGAACAAUUUGGGAAUGGGAUUGGGUGCGGGGUUGCUUGGAGGAGCCUUGGGUGGACUUCUAAUUGGGGACAUGAUUUCUGAUGCCGGUUCUUACGACGCUGGUUUUGGAGAUUUCGGUGGAUUUGAUUUUUAAAUCUCUUGUUAGUUUUCUUUGUUUGGGGGUAGUUUUUUAUGUUCAAAUGUGAACUUAAAUUAGAAUAUGUUUUUUGCAGUAGAUACUGUUUUGUUACUUCUAGUUUCUUGUCCGGUGUAUAGAUGUGGUGUGUGGAUUUGUGGAAGCUACUUCUUUAUGUAAAUUUUCAAGUUUGGUUACGUAAUGUAUGCUUCACGACAACUCUCUACUUUUUCUUUUCUAAUUACUCCAAAGUUUGAUUUCUGUGGCCA